AAUAAAUCUUUGGCAUAAAGCAAGAUGGGUUCGGUUCUGUUAGCACUCAGCAGUUGUCUUCUUCUAGGGCUCUGCUCUGCGAGCAGUUUGAGACAUGAACGUACGAAACGCGCAUCUCGCUGUUAUGGAGAUUUGGGCUGUUUCUCUAACGACUACCCAUUUAACAACAGCAAUGGCGCACUGCCUCUCUCUCCCAGCUACAUACGUCCCGGUUUCUUCCUGUACUCCGAGAGAAGCAUUCCCACCGCACCCUUCCAUCUAGUACGCAACGACAGACACAACUUAUGGACGUCCGGGUUCGAAGCCAGUAUCCCCACCAAGAUAAUAAUCCACGGCUUCACACAGAACGGCAACGUGACCUGGGCACAUGCCAUGAUGUCUGAACUUAUACGAAAGGAGAGGAUGAACGUGAUUAUUGUGGACUGGGGGAGCGGUUCCGGAUUCCCCUACACACAAGCGGUUGCAAACACCCGCGUCGUCGCAGCGGAAGUAGCAGCCAUGAUCUCGUACCUGAACACCGCUGUCGGAACCUCCAAUGCACAGUACCAUCUGAUUGGUCACAGUCUCGGCGCCCAUGUGUGUGGCUAUGUUGGAGAGGCAAUCAGGGGACUCGGGAGGAUCACGGGUCUAGAUCCCGCUGAACCCAACUUUAAGGACACACCACCGGAAGUUCGUCUGGAUGCUAACGAUGCCAACUUUGUUGACAUUAUUCACACUGACGGAUCGGAGUACGAAACCAUUUCCGGUUACGGGAUGAAGAUGCCCAGUGGUGACAUUGACUUCUACCCCAAUGGAGGACGUAACCAGCCCGGAUGUACUCACGAAACAUGGACCAACGUUGUGUCCCACCUCGAGCUAGGCCCACAAGCUGUCGGCGGGAUGCUGGCUUGCAGUCACGAUCGGUCUAUCUACCUGUUCACCGAGUCCAUCAACGGGAGGUCUUGUACCAUGAAGGGCUAUCCCUGUCAAAGCUACGAGGACUUCGUGGUCGGACAUUGUUUCUCCUGCGGAAACCAGCCAUGUCCGAGCUUAGGAUACCAUGCAGAUAGGUUCAGGGCGAGAGGCAAAUUCUAUCUGGCAACAACAGACAGGCCACCAUUUUGUGGCCACCACUACCAAGUGACUGUCCAGUUCGGAACAACCAUGCCAACUGACCACGGAGAGCUACAUCUCAGAAUACUCGGAACGUCGGGACUCUCGGAAACAUUCGUCAUACAAAGUUUAAACCUUCAGACCGGCAGCGACUAUGGUUUCCGACGGAACCAAGAACGCAUGAUCAUAUUUGUGUCCAAUAGGAAACUUGGCAACAUAUUAAAUGUACAAGUACAGUUCCAGGAACGUUCAUCCAUCCUGAGCUAUUUCUGGACCGGGUCCGUGUCACUCGCUAGAGUCACGGUCACUGACGGCAAAACUAACACCAGAUACGUGUUCUGUGUGGGCGAGACCGUAUUACACUCAGGAGAGCCACUGGUCGGAUUCAACCACGCUGUCCACACUACGGCCGAGUGUACCUCCGGACAGUAACCCGAUACAGAUGUUAGGGAGUGGUCAACUUCGGCAGAUCUAAAUGGAUCAACAACAGAAUAUAAUCUAAUCGUCACUGAUCCAGUUGUACCACAAUCUAGCACGUGUUUUAUAGGAUUAAUGUUUUUUUUCUCUGAACAAACUCCAUUGAGUGUUCCGGCAAUCGAUUGAAGCUCCAUGAACUAUGCCUGCUACUGCCCCAGGCGGGCCGGAAUGGGAACGGUGAAAGUACAUGUGACUGAAUGUCGAUUUAAUGAUUACCAAGAUAUAGUUACACUAAUGCAUGUUUACCUGUAGCGCAUGGGUUGCACAUAAAGUCAGUAGUGAUGUGAAAGCUGUACAAUUUAAUCUGGACUUAUCCUCACAGUCAUGAACAUUUUUUUUUGUAAAUUAGUUAUCAAUUCAAUAAAAUAAUUAACUUAA